AGAUAGAGGCGCCCACAUUAUUUUAUCGAAAAACACUGUUUACACCGAAGUGCACAGUAAUUUGCGAUGUAGAGCCGAUAGAAACAAAAAAAUCUCAUAAAUGUCUUUCCCCUGUGGUUGGUUAAAGUGAUUCCGGCGGCGCUGUUUACUUGACCGUAGGUUAUGUUUGGGUAGCAGCGAAUGAAUGAAAUAUUGACAGUGUUUUUAGAGACAAUACCUUUGUGUUUGUCCUUGGCAUGGCAGCCUUUUAAAUGGAUAAAAACCUGUUGGUUUUAAUAAAAAAAUUGUAAUUGUUGACCCAGCUUGUCAACUUCUUUCCGGACUUUAAACCCUUAAACGCCGCACAAGUGUCUUGCACCUUACCAGAAAUGUUUCAACAAAGUGCUCUUGGGACCAGCACGCCGUUUGGAGGAGCUCGUACAUCUACCAGUUCCAAAGACAUAGAAGUGGUGUCACCUCCUGAAGACUCCAUUUCUUCUAUGGCCUUCAGUCCAGCUGCCCUUCAACAAAAUUUCCUUGUUGCGGGUAGCUGGGACAAUAAUGUACGGUGUUGGGAGGUGGAACAGACUGGAAAUACAGUUCCCAAAUCUAUGCAAAAUAUGGAUGGACCUGUAUUAGAUGUGUGCUGGACCGAUGAUGGAACCAAAGUCAUGAUGGCAUCAUGCGAUAAGCAAGUGAAAUGUUGGGACCUAGCUAGUAAUCAAACCAUCCAAGUUGCUCAACAUGAUGCUCCAGUAAAGACAUGUCAUUGGAUAAAGAGUCCGACUUACUCCUGCCUUAUGACAGGCUCAUGGGACAAGACUCUCAAAUUCUGGGAUAUGCGUAGUGCAAAUCCUAUAAUGACAAUUAAUCUACCUGAGAGAUGCUAUGGUGCUGCGGUUGAUUAUCCCAUGGCAGUGGUUAUUACAGCAGGAAGACAUUUAAUUGUCUACCAGCUAGAAGGCAAACCCCAAGAAUUUACUCGGGGAGAAACAAAUCUCAAGUACCAACACCGAUGUGUUGCAAUUAUGAGAGACAAAAAAAAUUCACCAACAGGGUAUGCUGUUGGCAGUGUUGAGGGCAGAGUUGCUGUGCAGUAUGUUCAUCCAACACAACCAUCUGACAACUUCACAUUCAAAUGUCACAGAGUAAACUGUGCCAACAAUACUUACCAAGAAAUUUAUGCUGUUAAUGACAUUGCAUUCCACCCUGUGCAUAACACUGUGGCAACAGUUGGAAGUGAUGGGACAUAUAGCUUUUGGGACAAGGAUUCCCGUAUUAAAUUGGGAUCUUCUGAACAGAAAGAUCAGUCCAUCACCCGUUGCUGCUUCAAUCACAAUGGGCAGAUAUUUGCAUAUGCUCUCAGUUAUGAUUGGUCUAAGGGUCAUGAGCACUAUAAUCCUCAAAAGAAGAACAGCAUAUUUUUACUUCCCUGCUUUGAAGAUAUGAAACCACGCAGUAAAUCAAGUUCCUAGUUUAUUUUAUGAUGUAGUGUUUGGUUUUAAAUCAGACCUUAUCAUCAUUCUUAUAAAUGUAAAUGUGUUUUAUAUUUUGAAAUGAAUUACAAUUUUGACUGGA